AUGCGGGCGCUUGCAACUUUUCUUUUGGCAACGACAGCAUGGGCCAUUGGUCCUACUGUCACAGUACUGAACGGUACAUAUGAAGGCUUACACCUUCCCUCCUUCAACCAAGAUGCCUUUCUAGGCAUUCCGUACGCGCAGGAUACUGGAGGUCAGAAUCGUUUCCGCGUGCCACAGUCUUUGAACGCUACAUGGAACGGUACACACCCCGCUACGGCCUAUGGCGAUACAUGCCCGGAUUCGAUGAACAGUAGCCUUAUCAUGAGCGAAAAUUGCCUGAGCAUCAACAUUGUACGCCCAGCAGGUCUCUCCCUACAGGAGCAGUCUAAGCUGCCAAUUGCGGUGUGGAUCCACGGUGGAAGUUAUCAAAUCGGCUCCACGGAUUUGCCAAACUACAAUCUGUCGUAUAUUGUUCAAAGGAGUGUAGAGAUCGGACAGCCAAUUAUUGGAGCUAGCAUCAACUACCGCAAGGGUGCGUGGGGCCUGCUUUACUCACAAGAGGUCCAGGGCGCUGGUCAAACAAACCUUGCAUUGCGAGACAUGCGCAAAGCUCUUGCAUGGAUAUCGGAGAACAUUGGGGCUUUUGGAGGCAACAAAGAUGCCGUUACUAUCUGGGGCGAGUCGGCUGGAAGCUUUGCAGUUGGACAGUUGGUUAUGUCAUAUGGUGGUCAAACGGAUGGUCUCUUCCACCGCAGUAUCCAGGAAUCCGGCUCUGCAGCAACAGCCUGGUACAACGGUACAGAAUGGUAUCAGCCCAUUUACAAUGACAUUGUCAAAAAGGCAAACUGCUCGGAAGAAGCCGACACACUGGCUUGUCUACGCACACUGUCAUACGAUGCAAUCUUUCCUGUGCUUGCAGCUCCAAAUUAUAGCCCAAGCUGGUACCCAGUUGUAGAUGGCGACGUUAUGCCUGCCUACCCAACUGAGCUACUCGCCUCAGGCCGCUUUGCCCAUAUCCCUCACUUGUACGGUACCAACUCGGACGAGGGAACUGACAACGCACCCUUCGAUGGCGUCAUCAACACAGACGAAGAUAUCUACGCCUAUCUCCUUAACAGCACCGGCUUCGACUUCCCGGACAAAGUCGUCAAGCGCCUCCUAGAACUCUACCCUAACGAUCCAACAAAAGGCAUUCCCCUCAACACUGGCGUCGAGACGUUCGCAGAGAAAGGCCUCCAGUACAAGCGCAUAGCCGCGAUACUAGGCGAUGUCUUUUAUCAUGCGCCUCGCCUAGCAGACGCCCGUGAAUACGCCAAGUACGCUCCAACAUACAUUUAUCGCUUCAACACUCUCCCGUGGCAGAACAGCCCCACCUCCGACGAGGGUGGCAACGCAGAAGCAUUCAUGGGCGUUGCGCACUUUACUGAAGUUGCGUUCGUUUUUAACAACCCACGCUUCUAUGGUCCUUGGCCAGAGUACAAGGCGCUUAGCGACGAGGUGAGCGCGCAGUGGAUCAGGUUUGUUGCAAAUGGCGAUCCGAAUGGCGAGGGGUUGCCGAAUUGGCCGCACUAUGGUGACAGUGAGGAUGGGCUUGAUUUGGUCAUUCAGGCGAGGGGGAGGGGGCAGAAUGGGAGUUAUGUGGAGAGCGAUACGUGGAGAGUGGAGGGUAGGGAGUAUUUGAGUGAGUGGGCGAGGAGGAGGCAUGUUUAG